AGAAGAAGUGGAACGCAGAGCGGGCGGUGAUUGGCUGGCUGAAAGUUGGCCCCGCCCCCACCAGUGACAAAUGUGAAAGCAAAAAUAAGUUUAAAAAAAUAACAAUAUAGAAGAAGAAUCGUAAACAAGAAGAAGAAGAAGAAACGGGAGGAGGAACCAAGAUGGCGGAGCGCCGAGGAGCCCGUGAUAUCAGGCCGGGGAACGGCACGAAGCAGCCCGGGCUGCUGCGGGCAUCAUGGCCGCUGUAACCGCCGACGCCCGCGGAGUCAUGACGAACCGAGCACCGGAGCCCAGCGGUCGGUCGCUGGCUCCGGGAGGCGGCGGCUGGAAGGGACACAUCGUCCGGCAGCUGAAGCACCGAGACCGGAGCCAACAGGCGAUGUUCCAGGACCUGAUCCGCUUCUACUCUCAGCUGCUAGAGAAAACCAGUCUGGCCAAAGGAAUCCUGAGCCGCUCCGACAGACGUCCCUGUGCCGACAGCAGCUCCGUGUCCACUUUGCAGCAUCGGAUCAGCCAGAUGAAAAAGACGAAAGGAGAGUUGGCCUAUCAGGUCCUGGAGCUACAGCAGCAGAUAAAAAUCAAAGAAUGUGUUCUGGAGGAGCAGCAUGCCAGACUGCUGAAGGAGGAGCGGCGGCUGGAGGGGGCGUUUGGUUCUCGCCAGGAGCUGCAGGAGCUGGUGAAGCAGGUUCAGGAGGAGAACGGGUCCCUGAAGGUAAAAUACGACGCGCUGCUGGAGCAACAGAAGGGGGCGGAGUCUAGACUCAGGGAGGAGAAGGUGAGAGAGGGACACCUGCUGGAUGACAUGAUCCACCUGAAGGAGCAGGCGGCCGCCCGCAUGAACCACCGCAACGAGCGCAAGUCCAGAGCUCGAGAAGCCAAACUUCAGAAGGAGCUGCAGACGGCCGCCAGGUCAAAGGUCAACAUAGACAGUUCGUCCAGUUCAGCGUCAGCGAAGACGGAAAAUCAGGACGAGACGUCAGAACAAACCCAGACUCGACUGUUCAGGUCGGCGUCGGCCACGUCUCCGAGGAUCUUCUCAUCCAUCAAAGGCUUGUUUGACAGGAAGAGGCGUGGCCACUCCGUCUGUAGUCUGCAGGAGGACCACGCCUGCCCCGUCAGGAUCUGUCUGUCUGCAAGAGUCCCUGCAAGAGCUCUGCAAGUACUGGAGGCCCAUGACCAGGACAUUAACGCCGUCCGGUUCAGCUCCAGCUCAGACCUGUUGGCCACUGGAGGAACCGACUGUGUCAUCAAACUGUGGGAGGUCAGAGCAGGUACGUUGACUCACAGAGGAUCCCUGCACGGCAGCACGGAGGGAAUCACCUGCAUCGAGUUUGACCACACGGGUUCCCGGAUCCUGGCAGCGUCCUACAACAAGUCGGCCUUGUUGUGGCGUCUGGAUGACUCCGUUCCCAAGGUGACUCUGACCGGACACAGUAACAAGGUGACGGCCUCCAGGUUCAUUAGUUCGUCCUCGGUGGCGACAGGAAGCGCCGACCGGACCCUGCGGCUCUGGGACCUGCAGAGGGCGGCAUGUGUCCAUCUGGUGGACGUCGUGUCCUACGUCAGUGACCUGGUUUGCUCUGAGAACUCUAUCAUCAGUGGACACUUCGACAGAAAGAUCAGAGUCUGGGACACCAGGGUGAUGAGCUGCGUUCAGGAGCUUCCUGCUCAGGGUAAAGUCACGUCUCUGGACCUCAGCUCUGACCAUCGCCAGCUGCUCAGCUGUUGCCGUGACGACUGCCUCCAGCUGGUUGACCUGAGGAGGUGGAGCUCCGACCGGAUGUGCUACAGGGCGGAUGGAUUUAAAUGUGGCAGCGACAGCACCAAGGCCGUGAUCAGUCCGGACGGCGACUACCUGGCGGCUGGAUCUGCAGACGGCGCCGUUUACGUCUGGAACGUCUCCACCGGGAACCUGGAGACCCGCCUCCCCGACAAACACAGCUCGUCCAUCAGCGCCGUGUCCUGGUCUCUGUCCGGAGAAUACGUCGUCAGCGUGGACAAGAGUCGCCGGGCCGUCCUCUGGAGCGACAUGUGAUUCAGCCAAUCCACGGAGAGGUCCCGUUGUCACGGCAACACCCCCUACGCCCCGCCCCCCUCCAUAAAAACAAACUAUGCACCUUAACCGAGGAAAGGAACCGAUCCGAGAACGUCUGGAGUCUGUGGAUCGGUCCAAAGGGAAACGUUCUGCUCGCUGCCUCUUUAACCAGAUAUUAACAAA